AUGGUCGAUAUCGAAUUGUUGGGCAAAUUAAUAAUAUGGGUGCAAGGACUGAAGAAGUUUCAAUUUGGAUUUUUAGGUGAUCAUAUUUUGUGUAUAAAAUGUGGUCCAUCAAUAAAAUUUCAUGAUAUAUUAACUAAUAAGGUUGAAACACUUCAUUUGCCUACAAAAUACUCCACUGUUCUAUCCAUACAUCCACUAGAACCUUAUUUUGCCGUAACAGAGUUAUGUAACGUCAACCCAAAGGUUUACGUCUACAGUUAUCCGCAAAAGGAUGAAAUUAUUUUGAAAAAUGCUGCCAAAUUGGAGAUACAACAGUCCAUCUUUUCCUAUGCCAAGUACUAUGCAACAGUGUCUGGCAUACCUGAUUUUAUUCUAUCUGUAUGGGAUUUUCAUUCUUGUGAAAUAUUGUGCAAAACUAAUUUAAAUGGACUACAUUUAACAACAUUCAGCUUUUGUCCGACAGAUUGGCAUUAUCUCUUGGGAACAGAUCAUCAUUGUAUACAUAUCUGGCAGGUUGAAACAUGUGACCGGAUGAAUUCUAUUAAAUGCAAUUCGAUGAUAUUACCAGAGCGUACCGUUAAUCUUGGGCCAUAUUAUGGAUCACAUAACACUAAGACCAAUGGAGAUACUGCAGGUAUACGACAUGAAACAAGAUUUGAUCCAAAUAUACUGAAAUCUUCAAUUACAGGAAUCAAUGAAUCCAGAGAUGAGGAGUUUGACGAUUAUAUGGACAUAUCUGUUCGAUUAAAUUGCGUUUCACAGACUUGGACGAAUUCAAAAUUAGUUUUUAUCGGCUGUGAAGGAGGCCAGUUGUUAUUGUUUGACCCCCUCAGCAUGAAUGUAAAAAUUUUAUUGAACCCAGCUUCUCGUUGUCAGUGUCUCAAAGAAGCGUCUGAAAGUACUCCUGAUAGAACUGAUUGCAAUUGUGAUUUAAUUUCAACAGAGUCUUCAUUAAUUAAUUCAGAAGUGGAAAUAGUCAAUAAACUAGAAGGAUGUUUAACCUAUAUAUUAUAUACAACGCAUGGUUUAUUAGCCGGGGCAACAAAAACGAUAGUUAAUAAAAUAAAUCCACUCAACAAACAAGGUGAUCAAUUAUCUGUCAAAGUAAAUGAAGCAUCAUUAGCAAAAAAUAGUGAAAAUUAUUUAUUCAACACUGAAAUUCAAAAUUGUAUAAAUCUCUAUAAAUUUGAAAACCUGAUACAAAAUAAUCGAUACCAUUGGGGUAAAAAUAUUACAGGUUUGAGUAUAUCAUCGUCUUAUAGACAAAUUGCAGUUAGUUGUCGGCUUGGUUAUUUGAGUUUAUUUAGUUUACAUGAUUCUCUACAGUCUACUCUCAGUCCUGAUAAAGAAAUGUUUACUAACUGUGAUCGAUUUGUUGGAAUGGGACUAAUUACAUUCGAAAAAUCAAUAAUUUGUGUUACUGCAGGAACUACCGGUAUAAUCAAUUGUUGGGAUUGUAUAACUGGAGAAUUGAUUGGAUCGUUAUUUCUCAAUUAUACAUGUCAUUGUUUGGCCAUUUCACCAGUUUUGCCUUUGGCAGUUGCUGGAAUGAAUUCUGGCUCUCUAAUGUUUAUUGACUUUACUAGUCCCACUUCACCGAGAAUUGUAAAUGUUAUUCGACUCUACCUUAAACCUCUAACACAUAUUGCAUUCGACCCUGAUGGUGAAUUUUUAACUACAGUAAUAGAUGAUGGUCCAAGUAUUUUAGUAUCAGCAUUACCUAACAAAUCUUUUGAACCAAUAGGUUAUGUGUCAUUUAGUGGUAGAGUGCAUAAUUUAAGCAUGAUUCGAUCAAAAGAUUCACAGAAGAUCUUUGUUCUUCUUGCUGUUAGUAAUGAUACCAAUAAAACUGCUGAGGCUGUAUACCAGUACGAAAUACCAGCUGAAAUUGGAAGUAAUAAUGAAUUAGACUAUGUUGAUAAUUAUCGAAAACUAAAUGAAGAUAAAAUUAAGCUUAUCAAAUGGAAUUUUCAAAGACCGAAGGUUGGUGUCUGCUAUUGGCCAUCAAAUGAUGUUUAUGAAUCAACAUCACCAUUGUUAAUUGCAGCUGAUUCUCAAUAUCAUAGAUUGGAAAUAUUUUGCAUCGAUGAAUCACAAAAGAAACAAAAUCUACUACAUAUUGCCACAGAGUACACUUAUGACAUUUUACAAGAAUCAAGAAGCAUCAAAUUUACAAGAAUAUCUGGUACUAAUUCAUUACUAGCUUAUUCUAUGGAUGGAUCAGUUCAAAUUAUUAGUAUAAAUGAAACUGUUUCACUUCAGUGUUCCAUAAAUAUUCAUGAAUCUAAUUCACGUGGUAUAAUCGCUGCAGAAUUCUGUAAAGAUUUGAAUAGUUUAAUCACAUGUGGUGGAGAUGGUUUAUUAGCCAGAGUUAAAAUAAGUGAAAGUACAAUUACGGAAUCGAAAGUCGGUUCAUUUCCAAGUUUAAGAUCGUUACAUGAACAACUAACUAAAUUAAAAGAAAUGAAAAGUUGUGAGAUAACACAAAAUCAAUCACAUUCAAACGUUAAUCUUUUACAAAAUCCUGAUGUUUUACCAACAUUACCCCAUCAAUCUGGUACAAGCUUUUCAUUAUUUGAUCAACAAAUAUUGGUAGAUGCUGAUGAAGAUACAGAUUUGGAAGAGUUUUCCUAUUAUAAAAGAGAUACUGACUCAAAUAUUAACACAUGGAUAGAAUCUUGCCAGCUUAAUGCUGAAGCUUCAGAAGACUUGAUUUUUGGAGAAACAAAGACAAGCAUUCUUAAUGAAUUGAAUGAAAUCAGAAAUAUAGUCAAUGCUAUGGUCAGUGAAAACGAAAGUCUUCCUGAGUUUCAACGUAUUGGCAGGUUAGAAUUUGAGCUAGAUAUUGAUGAACAAAGUGUCAUUUUAGAAAAAACGAAGGAAGAGGUCAACCAGCUUCGAAAAGAAAUAAACUUAAGAAAUUUAGCAAAACAAUUUACUUGGCAAGUUAUUAAAUCUCAAUGUUGGGAUGAAAUGUUUGUCAAGGGAAGAUGCUUAAAAGCGUUCAAUUUACCAAUUCAAGUUACAAAUUAUCCAUUAAAGAAUAUUACAAACAGUGAAAAACAAUUAAUUAAUACUGUUAUUGCUAGAAUGAAAAUUAUUCAUGCAACAGCAAAAGAAAGAGAAUUACUAUCUUCACAUUUAUUUCAAUCAAAUAUAUUAAAAAAGCCCAGUCAAGAACAAAAGGAAGAAGUAGAUGAUGAAGAGGAAACAGAGCAAUCAAUAAAUCGGAUUCUUCUUGGAAGUACUGCCAGAGAACAAGGUGGAUCGAUUGAUCAUGGUUAUGGUCAAAUGGAACUUUAUACACGAAUGCAAAAGAUUUAUCAAAUUGUUUUGAUAAAAGAUGCAAUUUAUCGUAUGAAAGAAUCUUUCAACAAACAGUUCGAUGAAUUCUAUGAAAAGAAGGCAAGUCACCUUUCUAACAUUCAAACUAAAUUAUCAAGAAUACGUAAAAUUCAUACGGAUCUUCAACAACCACAUUUAAUAAAACAUCUCACUAGUCCGAAAUUCGAUCCCGACGAAGAGCCAGAACAGCUAUUUAUUGUUACAGAUGAUGAGAUAACAGUGGAAAAGUAUUUUUCACCUGAGCAGUUAGCUGAAAUUCAAUUGAAACGAUUAGCUGACGAAGAAAGACGACGUAAGGAAAAGUUGGAUAAUUGGCGUGAAAAAGGUUUGGAGGAAAUGAUGGGUGGUGUGUUAGAGAUUACAAAAGAAGAUGAAUUGAAAAAGGAUAUCCCAAAACCAGCUUUUUUAUUAACUGGUAAACCAUCAGUUCAUUGGACGGAAGAUGAUAAACAAAUGUAUGCAGAGUAUGAGCGUAAAGUAAAAGAAUUAAAUGAAGAAAGAGAAAAAUAUAGAAAGUUUUUAGAAGGUGAUUUAAAAAAGAUUAACAAUGAAAUAGAUGAAAUUAAAGAAAAAUUUGAUGAGGAGCUAACUUCUCUAUUUAAUAAAUGGCUACAUGUUCAAGUGGCUAUAUUACAAGAAGAAUUAAAAAUAUGGAGGCUUAAAUGGAUGUUACUUAUUGAAGAGGAAUUUAUUAAUAGAGAAUAUGAAUUAAAACAAUCAAUUAAUGAAUUAUAUAAGAAGGAAGUACAAAUUACCAAAAAUUUAGAAACAGCCAAAUCAAUAUUAAACCAAGUUCAAGAAGAAACUGAACUAUUGUCUGCUGAUGAUAAAUUAAUGGAAAAAAAUCUUCGAAAAGAAUUCAGUGAUAUACAUGGACCGUUAUAUGAUUUUAUUGUCAAAGCUUAUAAGAAACGUCCAAAGUACUUCCUUUUAGCUCCUUUGGAGAAAAAGAUUGAUCAGACUGGAAAGGAUGCACAAUUUUUUAAACAACUAAAUCCAUAUAUCGAAAAAAUAUGGCAAUCAUCUCAGUCAACCAAACAAACUAGCUUACUAGAAGAAAGUCUGGUAGAACUAGAUAAUGACCCUUCACAUGAACAGCAGCCUGGGUGUGAUAACGCUUUAUGGAGUAGGUUGUGUGCAGCAAGACGCCGGAAGAUUAAUAAAGAGUUGGAAAUUAAAUUUGCCACUCAGAAGCUAGAUGACAUUACAAAUUUUAUUCGUAAACGUGAUCGUGAUUUACAAUCAUUACAUAAAUUGUUAGAAGAAAGAAAAUGUCAAUUAGAUAGUUUAAUAAAAGAUUAUAAUCGAAAUCAGACAAAUUUAGAAUUACAAUUGUUAAUAAAACAAGGAUUUGUUGAAGUUAAUAUUAACCAAUUCACAUUACUCCAUGAUUAUGAUGAUGCAUUAUUAAUACAAAGAGAGCAAGUUGAAGAAUUGAAUAAACAGAUAAUUGUAUUAGGAGAAUCAAAAGUAUCACAUAUGAUAAGAAAUAAAGAAUUUAAAAAAAGAUUUUAUCACCUUGAAUGGGAACUAAGUGAAAUGUUAAUGCGUUAUGAAGAUUUACAAACCAAGUUAGGCGAUAUACGAAGAUUUAAAAUAACCAGCGAAAUACGAAAAUAUCUUCAAUCAAAUGAUUAUGAUUCUUUAAUCAGUACACAAAUUACAAAUACUGAACGUACCAUUCAAAUGUUACAAGAAAAUCACGAAAAAACAAUGGCUCAGAAACUUGCUCGUCUUCGCCAAUAUGAAAUACAUCAAGGCGAAAAACUUAAGAAAGAGAAUGAAAAGGCCAAGAAAGAAAUAGAAGAAAUGAAUGUUGUUUUACAUGAAACGAAGUUCAUUCAUGAACAAAAUCAUAUGAAAAGUGAUCAUCUCAAUAAUCCUCAACUUCGACAUAAACUAUUAAUUCAACAUCAAAAUAUUAUUAAAAAAAUUAAAGAACAAACUAAAGAAUUAAAAAUACUUCAAGCUGAAUUAACUUAUUUACGUCAACAAAAAUCAAAUUUAAAAUUAUAA